AUGUACAGCGUUAAGGCAGAACCUCCCUCAAGGUUACACCGAAUUCCCAAGAUGCCUCCAGCGAGAUCAAAUUACCAAAAGGCCAUGGUGGACGAUGUCAACAUGGAUGAUUUUAAUUCAUCUUUCGAAGCCCAUGGUCUGCCAGUGCCAUCCAGUGAUACUUUUAGGUUCACUGGAAAUGGGUCCAUCACACCAGCUUCUGAGUUUUCUCAGACCCUCCCUGUUCUACCACCUAUGCAACGAUCGUCAGCUCCCUCCCAGGAGUCCGGGCUUCAUAUAGUCGGGCGCCGUGUUCAAGUUCUUGUCGAUGCCAUCAACGAUAUCCGAGGAAUGGGUGUCGACUAUCUUGUUGAUCUACCUCAACUUGUCCUCGUCGGUGACCAGAGUGCAGGGAAAUCGAGCUUGAUGGGAGCUCUUGCCGAGAUUCACCUUCCUCAAGACUCGGGAUGCUGCACAAGAUGUCCUACCCACAUUAAGACAGGCCAUGCGGAGACGUGGAGUUGCAAAAUCUCUUUGAACUUGUCGUACAAUUAUGCGCCGCGAGACCCCACUCGCCCAAUUCAAGCGAAUGAAGUCACCAAAAACAACCCCUUCCCGCCGUGGAGGGAGAUGGCCCUGGUGACAAAAGAGUUUGUUGUCAUCACUGAUAAGAGCGAGCUUGAGGAGGCCUUGAGAUGGGCUCAGAUUGCUAUUCUCAACCCCUCUAAGUCCCACAAAUACUAUGUGCCCAGUGCCCAGAACAACCUCUCUCCCAAUAGGAAUAUGACAACUGAGGCCAAAUUCUCGCCAAAUGUGGUAUCGGUCGAGAUGUCUGGCCCGGGCCUUCCUCCGCUAUCCUUCUUUGAUCUUCCUGGGAUAUUUCAGAAUCCUAGCCAAAAGGAAGAUGAUUAUCUCGUCAAAGUUGUGGAGAAUUUGGCAAAGAAGUACAUCAAGCACCAACAAGCACUUGUUAUUCACGCUCUACCCAUGUCAGCAGAUCCCACGACCUCGAGAGCUGGAAAGGUCAUACGAGAUCUGAAAGCCGAAAACCGAACCAUUGGUGUUCUUACUAAGGCGGACUGUCUUCAGAUUGGUCAUUCCGAUGCCCAGUUUAAGGAACUGCUGGAAGGGCGUACUCACAUGGUUCAGCAUGGGUAUUUUGUCACGAAACAGAUGCAGACUUUGAAGGGCUCAGCCCCCUUCAGUCGUGAGGGGGAGUACCAUGCCAAAUCGAAGCAAAGUGAAGAAGCAUUCUUUGACGAGGCUUAUCCUUGGUCCCAUGCAGGAUGGAAGGGAUACCGCAAUCGAUGCGGGACCGAAAAUCUGCAACGAGCUCUUUCGCAGAAGUUCGCUAAUCAGAUCAUAGAGAGUAUCCCUCAAAUCGAAGCGACUGUCCGCGCACGCUCCGAGCAGCUCGAAACGGAGCUUGCGAAGCUUCCUGAGCUGCCUACGCAUAAUAUAAGCCAGGUUGUGCUCCAAGAACUCGCCAGGUUCGGUCAGCAAAUGCAGGCUCUUUUGGAUGGAACCGACUUUGGCCUCCACAGUUCGUGGAAUGCGUUAAAUAACCAACUAUACGAAUCUUUCCACGAGCUCCUGUUUCCCAUGUUCAUCAUUAGGGACCCCCUGGAUAGCGCUUCCGCCGUUACCCAAAUGGAAAUAGAUGGUAUUGAGGUCAUCAGCCUCGAAGACGACAGCCCUGUUCUUGAUAGAGGCACAUUCGAUCCGCCGUCUAACGGUCGCGCACCGCCUGCCAAAGAGGAGCCCCAAAUUAGAUCUCCAAAAAGAUUUGCGAAUGGUGCCGAGAAAAAUCGCAGUAUUGAAGAGGAAGUUCCUAUCAACCCCUUUGCCAACUUUCAAUCGAAAAGGCUGGUCGCAACCAUUGGCGAGAUUCGGAUGACAUUAGCAAGAUACACCAAACCCGGGGCCCCAGGCCAUAUCGACUUCAGGGCAAAAGAUGAGUUAUGUAUGCAAAGCGUGAAAGUCUGGAAAGGCCCAAUCCAGAAAUACGUCGAACUAGUCCUUGAAGUGUCUCAGCAACAGGCCAAGGGGAUCUUAGACCAAGUCCUGUCCAAAUGGAUCCAAACGGAAUUGUACAAGGAAGGACUCUGCCACCUUGACGAGUUCUUCAAUAUGUUCGAAGUGAGCAUUAAGAAAACAUGCGACGAUAUCCUCAGCCUUGAGUUUCAUAAGCUUUUUACAAUCAAUAACAGAGCCUUUGAUCACUACAAGGAAGUGGAGUUGAAAAAGAUCAAGGAUGCCCGCAGGAGACGACGCGCAACUAUCCUGGCGGAACAGAUGAUGCGCGGUGUCAAUGUUCGGGGAGACUACAACGCAAGGCGUAAUGUACUUCAGCAGAAGAUAAAGUGUAUCAAAGAUGAAGACCUCGGUGAAGAUCCAUUCAGGACCGAGAUCGACGUAGCCGGGUUGGUUAGGGCCUAUUAUCUCACGGCGGCAGACCGCGUCUGCGAUCAAAUUUGCCUGAAUAUACAUAGCAGCCUAUUCAAGCAGGCGCAGGAGAGUAUCUUCCGCUACUUAGAGGGCAAGCUCGGACUUGACCAAGGCAACACUGAGCAGCGCUGUCGCGAGCUUAUGGAGGAGGACCCCCAAAGCGCACGACGCCGCCGCGACCUCCAGCAGGAAAAGGCAAACCUGCAGGAGCUCACAGCUCGUCUGGUGAAACUCGCCGAAGAUGACAGAAGCGCCUCAGUCUUCGAGGAGCGCACAAAGACUCCAGAAGUCAGUAUGAGCAUGUAAUGUUAUGGAGGAUACUGUUGAUUCGCUGCCUCGAUUUUUCUUUCUCUUUCUUCCUGUUUGCCAACAUCCUCGGAGCCACACAGUAAAAGCAGUGGCUCGGCGUUCGCCUGGUCUUGUCGCAGGGAACAAAACAAUAAUUGUGCAACAGCACGGCCAGGCCGGCUUGUCUGAAAAAAAAGCAGCGGCGUAUGGGUUUCAGAAUAGGCGUACAUGCACUCAGACUAGUUAACCCGUCAUAAUAAAUGCAAAACAUCCUGAAAACGAGGUUUUUU